AUGAGUGACAUAAAGGAUAUCAACGUUAAAGAGCAAAAAUUCAUCUUGGAAAAUGAAAAUUUUGAGAUGCUUAAGGCACUCUAUGACUUCAAAGCUGUCUAUCCGAAGACUAUAUCAUUCGAGGAAGGUGAUCUGUUCUUGCUCCAUCAAACGUCUGCAAGACAAAGAAAUUGGUGGCAAGUAGUGAAUGAAAGAGGCAAUAUUGGAUUCGUUCCAUCGAAUUAUGUUGAAAAAUUGAAGGUCGAACCAGCUUAUCUCCUUGAAUUUAUUGAGACAGCAAUUGAAAAUUUAAAGCAUUCGGACGAGAAAGAAAUUAAUAACAUUAUAAGUCGCGAACAAUUGAUAUCAAAUUUAAUAGACAAGAAGAAGAAUUUGGAGAAGGUCAUGAUUGGAGAUGUCGAAUUGAGAAAUUUACCAGAACAACCACUUCCAAAGGAAAAGAAACACAAAUCGAAGGUCGGAAAUGGUUCAGUCAAACACCAAAUUGAAGAGCAAGAGGAGCAGGAACCGGAUAUCACUCAAGAAACAAAAAUUAAGCAUAGUAAAAGUAAGCCUGAAAAUGCUCCAAAGAAAUCGAUGUCGACAUCAAGCGUUGGAGCAAUACCCCCUCAAAUGAUACAAGAAAGUCCGAGUAUGAAUGUUUUAGCUUCAAAGUUAGAGGACGUAUCAUCACCGAGCAAUCCUCCUGACACAAGCCUUUUAUCAGAAGUUUCUUCCGGAGAAACGAUCACUACAAUUACAAUAACCAGCACAACUGACGACGCAACAAUUGUGACAAAAGAAUUAGAAUUAGAUGAUGAAGAAAUGAAUGCAGCACCGACAAGUGAUGCUACUAUGGCUGAUAUUAAGGAGGAGAAAUCUGAUGCAUCAAAAAGUUCCAGUAAUGAAAAAGUCGUUGCUAAUGGUGGAUGUAAAAAUGUCGUUAAGCACGAUGUAAUUAUAGUUGAGGAACAAGAUGUCUAUCAAAUCGUUGAAUCUAUUAGAAAGAAUACAAAUUUAAGUCACGAACUAUCUCAAUUAGCCCUAAGAGUUGUCAUUGACGAGAUGGAAGCUUUAAUACCUGAAUCAGCCAAAUAUCUCGAUCCAAUUGCAAUUCAUCUGACAAAUCCACUCACAGUUCCUGAUAAUCUUUUGGGACAAACUCAUGAUGCUCAACGUUUACGCAAUUUAUUCUCGGAACUAGCCGAUGCCAAAAAUGACUCAGAACAGAGAAGCUGGAUGCUUUACGAGGAUGAAAUAGAUUUAACAAAUUAUUUAACUGAAUUAAUUCGUAUACUAGUCGAUGCAGAUCCAAAAAUUUGUCGCUAUGAGAUGUCAUGCGAUGCAUACCAUUCAGUCAAUAAUCUCGUACUUUAUUAUCAAAUGGAAACAAGAUGGAAUAUAAGGAAGCUCUUGUUGAAAACUUUUAAAGCAAUGUGCUUAUUAGACGUCACGUGCGUUGAUCUUUUAAUUGGAUCGGUUUUACCCCUUGAAUUAGUACAGGACAUGCUGUCAAAUCCUGAAAACUUAGAGAAAUUAAGUGAAUUGUCUGUAAUGCUGAUCAUGAUCUUUAGUGCGGGACAUAAAAUGCCCAUUGCCCAUUUUGACCUAAUGAAACAUGACUUUGUGCUGUUUAUGCUUAAUCUAAUUGAAAAUCCAUUAGAAGAUGACCAAACAGAAUUUUUAUCUGACGUUAUGAUUAAUUUACUACUCGCUUUUAAUUUACAAUUUGACAAUUUUACUGAAAAUACAAUUUUGGAAGCAAUGCAACAGAUUAAGACAUCAAAAUCUUUUACCGAGAAAAUUCUCCUCCUCAUCAAUCGAGAAGAGGAUCCAGUGUUUGUACUAAAACAUACUAAACCACCGAUCAAUUCCGUUUUGAAAAUUCUUGUGGACUUGUUCUCAAUUCCUGAAACCACUAUUCUUUUUUAUACCAACGAUAUCAAGGUGCUUAUUGAUAUUCUCGUAAGACAACUCUCUGAUCUUUGUGCUGGCGAUCCUAUUCGCAAAUGGUACCUCGAACUGUGUCGCAGAAUCCUAAGGAACACAGAUUAUGCUGAACAUCAGCAUCGUGCAUUGGAUUUAAUGAAAAUUUUUACGAGAAUAUUUUGCGAAGAGACAGUCGAAUCAGCAGGAGAUCAGCAAAUUGUUCGUGAGAUUUCAAAUGAAUUCCCACACAUAUUUAAAGCUUAA